UUUAUGGUGGGAGGAGGUUCUCUCUGCUUUGCCCUUUGCGGGAGAUGACUUGCAGCCUCCUCAAACUACCAACGGAAGCCCGGUGUCGGGGGAGGCAGCUUUUGUUAGCCCGCUCCGUAUUGCACCAAUUCCAAUUUUCCUUCCUCCGCCGCAGGGCAUGGACGGUGUAGUGUAGUCAGGGCUUUAGUUCGAUCCCCGGUUCCGUUGACGAGCAGCCUGCAUCGCCAGUCCACGCCGCACUGAGGGAACCAUAUCUGGUCAAAGUAUUCGGCUCUGCUGUCACCCAGCCGGGCCGUCCGGCUAUAAAUAGCGCUGGUGGAGGUAUUAUUCGUUCCCUGCCAACGAAUGUGAAGUUGUUGCAGCUGCUGAUCUAACAUAUUGUCUUUCUCAUUUGGAAGAUUUUACCCAGGUGUCUUCCAUCAUGUCGGUGAUGAGGAAGGAGAUGGAGAAGUACAGGGACAUAGAUGAGGACGAGCUGCUCAUGAAGCUCUCUGAAGAAGAGCUGCAGAGGUUAGAAGAUGAACUGGAGGAGCUGGACCCUGACAAUGCACUUCUGCCUGCUGGGAUGCGUCAGAAGGAUCAGACCAAAAAAGCACCCACAGGAACAUUUCAAAGAGACAACCUGCUGGCCCAUCUGGAGAAACAAGCCAAAGAGCAUCCAGACAGAGAAGACCUGGUGCCUUUCACAGGGGAGAAGAGAGGGAAAGCCUGGGUGCCUAAAAAGAUGGUCGACCCCAUCAUGGAGAAUGUGACCCUGGAGCCUGAACUCGAAGAAGCUCUUGCCAGUGCUACUGAUGCUGAACUUUGUGAUAUAGCAGCCAUCCUGGGCAUGCACACUCUGAUGAGUAACCAGCAGUACUAUGAAGCUCUGGCAAGCAGCACCAUCGUUAACAAGCAAGGCCUGAACAGUGUGAUCCAGUCCACCCAGUAUAAACCAGUGCCCGAUGAGGAGCCCAACUCGACUGAUGUGGAGGACACUCUCAUGAGAAUAAAAAGGAAUGAUCCGGAGCUUGUGGAGGUCAAUCUCAAUAACAUCAAGAAUAUUCCCAUCCCGACUUUAAAGGCGUACGCUGAGGCUCUGAUAAAGAACACGGUGGUGGAGAGGUUCAGUAUCAUCGGGACUCGAAGCAACGACCCUGUAGCAUUUUCACUGGCUGAGAUGCUCAAGGUCAACACAACACUGAAGAGCCUAAAUGUUGAGUCCAACUUCAUAACAGGGACUGGAAUCCUGGCCCUCAUUGAGUCGCUACAGUUCAACACAACGCUACUGGAGCUCAAGAUUGACAAUCAGAGUCAGCCAUUAGGCAACAAGGUGGAGAUGGAGAUAGCCAGCAUGUUGGAGAAAAACACCACACUGUUGAAGUUUGGGUACCAUUUCACCCAGCAGGGCCCGCGCCUCAGAGGAUCCAAUGCCAUGAUGAACAACAAUGACCUUGCCCGUGUUGUUAGGUCAGAGUCUGAUGGCUCCUUCACCCUCACUUUGUCCGUCCCUGAGCUGGAACGGGCCUUUGGAAAAAAGUUCAAGUCAAAGACUAAUGAGAAAGAGAAGGCUUGAAGGAGGACCCAUCCUCCCCAAGUGUCGGACAAAUGUGUAGAAACCACUCACCCGCCCUCCCCUUUGUGCCGUCCACCUGCCACCUUUAAAAAACACACACACCACUCCCCCCUCCCGUGGCCGCCAUCUGACCUCAAAUGGUCCGACAGCCUCUCCAGACAACCUUGACCGUCAUCUCUGGUUAUGCAAGUGCAAUUCAGGGUUCAAAGAGAACACUCUUUUUGGACUUUUUAAAAAGGUAGAUUUUAGAGGAUGCUGUGGUGAGCAGAGUCCACCCAGCAUCCAAUGCAUGCAAAAAGAGAUGCUUUCUUAUUGAACGUUUAUGUGCUGGGAUGGAAACUAGCCAUCCAGUGCUGCCAUCUAGAGUCUUUUCAUAGCAACUGUAACGGCUUGACUCCUUGGACUGUUACUGACUGAUGAGGGCUUCACGUUUUGAAUAGUUAGUACCUUCGACAAUCUUUAUUGUGCUGAACUCAUUUGAAUUAUUCAUAUUAAUAUUAUUGUUUUGCUAUAAAUGACUUGUUCUGGUAUUGUUCCUCACAUGCUGCUGCAAGUUUUGCACUGGUAGUCAGUUCCAAUGUCAAACUAGCCGAAACAAAGAUAACAAGAUAUUUAGUUUAUGACAGACAUGUUUAGGUCAGGGGUGUCCAAAGCGUGUCCCACGGGCUAUUUUGGCUCGCAGAUGAUUUUUAAUUGACCCUCGGCAUUUUAUAAAAAAUAAAGUGUAUUCAUUAUUUAUGAGAUAUAUUAUUAGAUAUAUUGCCUCCAGCAUACCCCUGUGACCCUCGUGAGGAUAAGCAGCAUAGAAGAUGGAUGGAUUAUUACAUAUUACACUAGUUUGCUUUGUCACCUGUAGCACAAAGUUAAGAUGUGGAUUUUUUGUUCAGAUAGCUUGGCAUAACUGACCUACAGUGGACUGGUUUUAGCAUCUUUAAUGUACAAAAUGUAUCAAAGUGCCUCCCUGCAUUCUUUCAUUUUUCUGUAUGCGACCCUUGCAGGAAAAACACACCCCUGGGUUAGUUCAUAAACUGUCCAAGUCAUUAGAAAAACAUUCAUAGUUAAAUGUAUCGCUUAAAUUAGGCAUCACACAUCAUCCAGGACUUAUUUUUGAGUCAAGCCUCCUGCGAGCUGGGACUUCCUUUCAACAAUAUUCAUCUUUUAUGCAGCACAGACUUCCACUACACUUCCAUUCAGGUCUUUUUUGUUUUACUGAGCUAAGUAUGAGCUUUAAAAUAAGAUGGCAGGCAGAUGAUCACAGGGGCUCACAAACAUCAAAUUCUGACCAGGCAGGUAGAGUACGUGUUACUGAGCUAAAGUUUUCAUAGAUCAAGUUCAAACAAGCUUUUGGAGCAGUUUUACAUGCGUUUUAAUGGGACACGUUGGACAUUUGGAGUGUGUGAUUGCACUGAUACUCCUCAAGUGUUCUUGUUUUCUUUUUUUAACCAAACAUUGGCUUUGGUUACUAAGUAGAUACCACCAGCACUGACUGCAGUGCUAUAACCGUCUGGCAGUGUCAUUAUUAGAAUGAGACGGCAAAAGCAGCAGCAAUUCACGAAGGAACAAGACCUAACAGAAAUAAUUCACCAAAGUCAAUUAUUCAACAAAUUAAAGGGAUGUAAACAUUUGGUUUUUUUUAACCGAGUGACGCGUGCAGCCUUUCUGUUUCCACCUAUUCUUUUCAUCUCCUUUCAUCUCCAUCCUAUUUAUAAUAUGGGGCUUGAUUAUGACGUUUGUUGGAUAGUUCACAUUUUUGCUUCGGUUUGUUUGUUUUUGAAAU